AUGGGUCCCCGAAGACCUAGCUCGGCAACAGAUGUCGACUCACGUAUGCCAUUCGCAUCGGCGGAGGCACUGCUAUGGGGGCCAGAGAUGAAACAACAGCACGCCCACCUGCUCACGGAGAUGCGAACACUCCAGAAGCAUCAUGAAGAAUACGAAGCCCGCAUCAGAUCUACCGAGCAUGUUGCAGAGGCUGCCGAAGCUGCUACGUCCAGGGUCCGCCACUUGGAGCAACAGCUCGUAGCGAUCGAGGCCGAAGAUGAUGACAAGGCUUUCGAGAAGUGGGCAGCAGGCGAGAUGACACGUCUGGGCAUCUUCGUCGACACGAACAAGCACGUCAGGCAGAAGCAGAUCGAGCUGGACAGUGUUGUGUCUCAUGCUGUGGACGAUCUCGAAAAGCUCAAACAGGUCCCCAGGGAAAUGAAGGAUGUUCUUCGACGUCUUGAUUUCCUCGAGGCUGGUCGUAAUCAAGAUGAGCGUCGGAUUAAGAGUCUAGAGGAAGAAGUCACCCGGCUUAGAUCUACGCGACAGGAUCCCAAUUCCAAGUCCAACACCGCUGGCCCACAGACCGUUUCCAAGCCUCAACAUGGCAUGCUGAGAUCCAUGACACCGUCUCAAUUACUCAACGCAGAAACUUCAGAAGCAACAAGUGACACGGACGAUGAAGACCUGAUACUCAUGCCUGGGUUUGCAGGUGAAGAGAUUCAGAUACCCCGGAGUCCAGAGAUGAGAGAGAGGGGACUAGUCGAUACUUCUGCUUUAGCUAGGAACAGAGACAAGUCCGAACACCUGUUCCAAGGCCUAUUCAACCAAGUCGCUCCGCCUCCAACGCAGCUGACCGGCAACGCCAUUACACGAAAGCGAAAGCAGCCUACGAAGGAGCCCCAGACCCAAAGGCUGACUCGUGCCCAAGCUAAGAGGGUUCAAGAACAGGAUGCUGAAGAGAGAAAGCCGCACGUAACAGAUAGCGAAUCACUCCUCCCACCAACACAGUUGGUCGAACCAGCUCUCUCAUCGCGCAAGAAGCAAAAGACUGCCCAGGAUCAAGGACCAGGCAAUAGCAAGACCAGAUCCAGCACAGCGAUUCGGCCCACCGGCAGAGCUCCAACAACCACGAAGCGCAGUGUUGCUGUAAAUCAAAGCAAAAACACGGCAAUUGAACCCACUCAGCUGGUUACGAGAAGUCCUGCCAAGUCGAACGUACCUAAAGCCACCACCUCACCUGCCAAGAGGAGGAACCCCUCAUCAGCUUGGCCGAGUGCUUCGAACGAACAGGAGAGAAAGUCGCUCGUUGUCAUUCUACGCAUUCCACAGAAAGCGACAGGGAUUGAACGUAGUGAGGACGAUGAUAUGCAAACCACUGUGGCAGACAGAGCUAAGAAGUCACCUCCCUUCGAGCUCGCGCAAUACGGGUAG